UAUUUUUUUUAAGUAAACCGGAAGUAGUGCAAUGGUCUCGUCGUCUUGAACCAUGCUUGAAUGGAGGUGACCUUAGUUAUUAUCAAUUUGUAAAGUGAAGCAACUUAGCGACAGCUUUAGUCGGUACAUCGUGUCGGUCCGGUCCGGUUUAGAUGUUAAACCCGUCUUGAAUAUCCGUGAAGACUUUGAACAGAGAUGGCUGAAGCUCAUCAGGCGCGCAUGCAGAAUGAGGUGGAAGAAAUGGUCCAAAGCCUGGAGAGAGACCACAUCCGUAAGAUGCAGGGUCGCAUGUUCAGGUGCAGUGCAGACUGCUGUGAUCGUCCCUCUGACUCCAUGUCUCAGGUGCAUCAGUGUAUCGACAGGUGUCACACUCCUCUGGCCAAAGCUCAGGCACUGGUCACUUCAGAGCUGGAGAAGUUUCAGGACCGCCUCACCAGAUGCACGAUGCACUGCAACGAUAAGGCGAAGGAUAUGUUCGACUCCGGCGCCAAGGAGCCAGCCGUCCGAUCACUGGUGGAGCGCUGCGUGGGCAGCUGUGUGGACGAUCAUGUCAACCUGAUCCCCAGCAUGACCCGAAGACUCAAAGACAAUUUGGACUCUAUACAGCAGUGAGGCUGCGGCUGUAAUCGUUCAUCCUGGGGACAGCCUGAGAUUAUUUACACUCAUGCAUACAGCAGCACAGGGUUAGUCAACUCAGCCAGUUAACAACUGAAGAAUAGAGGAGCUGGAGCACCAUGAAAGGAAGAGAAUGAAGUUUGGAUCAUGUGUUUUGACAAGGCUGUGAAUAUCAAUAUUGGUGCUGCUCACUGUGAGAUUUGUUAUUGUACUACAUGUAAUAUACAAACAGUAACCUCCAUGGAGACCAGGAGCUGAGAGUUUGUUUUGCUUGUUACAUUCUGGUUCAUCUGUGAAGAGAAAGAAAUCCAGCGUCUGGUGUCACAUCAUCAUGUGUGAACAAGACAGCAGCUCAAUUAUGCUUUGAAGAGACACAGAGUAUGCAUUUAAAACUAACUCGGUACACAUCCAAGUGUCUGAUUUUAGAAUAUAGAGUACACCAUGAUUUACAUGUGCAUCUAUUCCUGCAUAAGGUUUCUUGUUUUCUUGAGUCCUCAUCCUUCAUUCUUUCGUCAUUUUACUGUGAGUUAGUCUGUGAUUGGCUGACCUCCUGGUGAGAUAUGUUUAUGUAUCUGGAUUAAAAAGUACCGUCGAUUUACCUCA